AGCGCAGACCCGCCAGACGAGCAGCUGCAGCGGGCGCGACGCCACACAUCGCGUGGCCGGAACGGAUCGGGAUCGAACCGCGGACGCGGGGGCCCGCGUGCGUGUGCUUGUGUGCGUGUGUGUGCGGGAGCGGCGGCCGCGAGUCCGCGGGAGCCGCCGCUGCGAGGCGCGCGCGUGUCGAGUCGUGACGCGCCGCCGGCCGGCCGGCCGCCCGUGCGUGCGCGCACGCGUGUUGGUGCGUGUGCCGCCGCUAGUGCUCCGGCGCGCCGUCGCCACUCCGUCUGUCCGUUGGGCGCUCUGCGGUGGAACCUGGCGGGAGCUGCUCAGAGGUUAUGGAAGGCGUUCGCCUGGCGAUCCAGCGGCGGUGGCGGCGUGUCCCAGGCCCGCCGGCGCGGCGCUGACCCGUGUGCUUGUGUGCGCAGGACGCGGCUGGGCGAGAGGAUGGUGAGCAUGAGCUCCACGUUGGUGGAGACAGUCUCCAUCAACUACGAGGACUUCAACGAGAGCUUCCUGACGUGCGGCACCUGCCUCUUUAAAUGUGGCCUGUACGACGGCGGCGAGCACACGCCCAAGCUGCUGCCGUGCUCGCACACGGUGUGCCUGCACUGCCUGGCGCGCAUCGCCGCCUCCAACACGCGCGACGCCGCCGCCUUCCGCUGCCCCAUCUGCCGCGAGCUCAUCAGCGUGCCGCGCGGGGGCGUGGCCGCGCUGCCGCCCUCCUUCCUCGUCAACCAGCUGCUCGACCUCAUGUCGCGCCAGCGCAGGGAGGUCGUGCCCAAGUGCUCCGUGCACAUCAACCAGGAGCUGCUGUUCUGCGAGACGUGCGACGCGGUGUUCUGCGCGCUGUGCACGGGCGGCGCGCACUCCGCGGCGGGCGCCGCCGAGCACACCGUCAUCCCCUUCUCCAUCGCCAUCAAGCGCAUGUCGGAGAUCCUGCUCUACAAGGCCAACGAGUGCAUCGCCAAGCUGUCGGGCGCGCGCGAGGCGGUGAGCCAGGAGCUGGCGCGCCUGGACCGCGCGGCCGACGGCUGCCUGGAGCAGGUGGGGCGCACCUUCGCCGAAGCGGCGGCGCGGCUGGAGGCGCGGCGCCUGGAGCUGGCGGCGGCUGUGGGCGCGGCGCGCGACGAGAAGCGGCGCGUGCUCGAGGAGCAGCUCGCGCUCAUCGACGCCGAGAAGAGCAAGGUGGAGCGCGAGUGCGAGGGCCUGCAGUACCAGGUGGAGGUGCGCAACAUCACGCAGCGCAUCGCGGGCCUGGGCGACAAGCUGGAGGCGGCGGCGCAGCUGAGCGAGCCGCGCGAGAACGCCUUCCUGGCCGUGGACUUCGCGCACGACGACAGCCCCGCGCGCCUGCAGGCGGCGCUGGCCGCCAUGGGCCGCGUGCGCUCCUCCACCUCCUUCCCGGCGCUCUGCUCCGUGCGGGUGGAGGGCGGGCCGGCGGUGACGCGGCUGGAGGCGCGCCUCACGCUGUCCACGGUGGACUACCACGGGCUGCCGCGCUCGUCGGGCGGCGACCCGGUGGCGGCCGAGGCGCUGCCCGUGGCCGCGGGCGUGGACGCGCCGCCCUGCACCGUGGACGACCGCGACGACGGCACCUACACCGUGCGCUUCCGCCCGCCCGCGCCCGGCCGCUACGCCGUCAAGCACAACAAUCCGGUGGCGACGUACGGCGGGCGCGGGCCGGGCAAGGACGACUUCCUGCAGCCCGUGGCGGUGGCUGUGGACGCCGCGGGCACCGUCUACGUCGUCGACACCGGCAACUCGCGCAUCAAGGUUGGAAAAAAAGGAAGCCAGAAAGGUUGUUUUAAUUUGAUCUCAUCUGUAACUGUUGGUCCUGGUGGAGAAAUUGUAGUAGCUGACUCACGUAUUCAAGUUUUCUCUGCAAAAGGAGACUUCAUGGAAGAAAUAUAUCCUGAAGGAAAGGGUCGUGGCAGAUAUGGUGGUGUGGCUAUUGAUGGUGAUGGUCACAUAAUAGCCACAAGAUCUGAGAAAAGUCGGAGCUUUGUGCAAGUUCUGGACUUUUCAAAUGGAUCUGUAGUAUCCAAUAUUGACUCUCAUGACUCACGGCUAAAACGACCAAGUGGAGUGGCUGCUACUGCAGAUUUUCACAUUAUUGUUGUGGAUUUGGGCAACGACUGCAUUAAGAAGUAUAGGUAUUGGUGAGUGGUUGGAUCUCAAAACCUACAGAACAGGCAUUUGUUUAUUUUUAAUCUUUCUAUUGUCAUGUGAAAAGUGUUCAUUAUGAUGUAUAUACAGUCAGUGUCCAUCGAUUUAAGUUUUCUAAUAUAAAAAGCUGCCAAUGCUGCAGUGAAGAUUCAUAAAUUUCAACUUCAAGAAAUGCUUCUUACCUACAAUGUAGGCCUUGUAUUUGUUAUUAUUUAUAUUUUCUCAACCUUUUUGAAUUCAUAUAUGUGUUACUUCAUUGUGACUUCAACAGCUGUGCUUAUUGGUGUAAAAUUGUUGAAUAAGAUUCAUGUUGAACAUGUUUCUGUUCACUGCAAUCUUGCAAACGUAUGUCCUAGUUGCUAUAUAUUUAAAUAAUUAUGAAGAUAAUUAUUCAAAUAUUAAUUUUGAAAAGUUUAGGAACACUUCAUAAAUUUGUGGUUUUAACUUCAAAAGUUACAUUCUUAGCAGUUGUAUUUUUGUCACAAAAAAUGUGCUAGAAUAACUGCGCCUGAGGAGUGGAUUCUUCACUAAUGUUAUUUGUAAUGGAUUGCAAUACCAAUUUACUCAUAUUAUUAAAUAUGUUGACACCAUGGUUUACAAUAAAAGGCAUACGAAAUAUAUGUGUCAUAUACAGUGUCUAAAUAUACUAGAAGUGAAUAUUUGGUGAAUGUGUAAAUUCUUUAAUCCAGCUCACACCAAGGAAAUAUUUGCUGGAAUUUUUUCUCAAUUGAAUUGACUGUAUUAAUGAUUACAGGAGAAUGAACAUUUAAACAGAGAAAGUUGUGAAAGUGACAACUUUAUAAGUAAUGAAAAGAUGUUCAUUUCUAUGAAACUUAUCUUUUAUGUUUUUGCCAAGGUCUGUGUUUUCAGCGCAAAUGAAAACAAAAUACAAGGAAAUGAGUAAGAUUUUAGAUUCAUAAUAAAAAGUUUUGUAUCUUGUGAUUCAACAUGUUGAGAAUACUGUAGAUAAAUAUGUUGUAUAUAGUCCUGUUUAUAAUGACAAUAGUUUAAAAGCUUUUUCUUUCAUCAAUUCAAAACUAUGAAUUUUUGUGUUGAAGUUCUUUUUGUGGAUAAAGCUUUAGUCUUUCUUUAGCAGUGUUUGUAAAUAAAUGAAUGAAAAUUUUGUUGAAUUCUUUUGUUAUUAAUCUUGUAUUAAAGUACAAAAAUCAGAGGCAAUUUUUUUAAAAUCUAUGGUAUGGCACAGUGAAUGACAUGUUGCAUAUUAAAAAAGAUUUGAAAAAAAGUUCAAUUCAAUUCUCUCAUUCAAUUUGUUUCAAGUAACUCUUUUUUGCUUCUUCUGUUGACUUUCUUUUUAAUCUACGUAAAGUUAAUUUGGUUGUUAAUUUUCAUCAGUUUCUUUGUAUUAAUAAUUUGUAAAAGAUGCAAUUCAUUAUUUGAAAUUCUACAGAAUUUCUAUUCUGUUGAAUGACUAAAAUUUAUCAACAUGCCCAGUUUUGAACAAAUUAACAAUAUUUUUUAUUUGCUAGUUUUCAUAUUUUAAAUCAAUGUCUUAUUUAAGAAUCAGAUUGGACUAUUUUGUCAAUUACAUACAUUUCAUUAACAUUAUUCAGUUUUAUUAAAUUUGUUAAUUCAGGAAAAAACUUAACAUUAUAUGUGUUUUUGUUCUCUUCAUUUCUUAUUUUUUAAAAGUAUAGUUCUGGGCAUAUAUUUUUAUUACAAAAUUAUUCUUCUAAAGAUGCUAGUACAAAUAUAUCUUUUCUGCAUUCAGUAAUGUAAUUCUGCAUUCAGCAACAAUGAAGGAAAGACUAAUAGUGGGUGUUGCCUUGAUUCAAAAAGGAAAUGAUAUUUCAGGAACUGGUGUACAAAUGUUGGAAUAGUUGGAAGGAUUGUUUGUUAAAACAGUGAUUUAGAUGUCAAUAUUUUGUUAAAUUGUCUUCUGAACAGGGGUCUCCAUUUGUGCAAAGGGGCAUCUGGUACACAAAGAGAAUGAACCUGGUCAAUAUAAAUUUUAAUUUGUGUUCAUAUAAGAAGGUACUAAAUUAAAAUGACUUUUUGGAACAAAUUAAUCUUCGCUAUUGCAUUUUCAAGUACUGAUUUUUUUCGAAUUUACUCCCUGGAAAAUUCAAUUAAUUUACAAUGAAAAUCCAGAUAAUUAGAAUCAUUGCCUUGACUUAAUUAUGAGGUUGGUACAUGUGAUAUUUUAAUAUUGCUUACUUCUUAUUGUUUUUUACAUUCAAUAAGAUAAUUUAUGCAGAAUAUAGGACAGAUAAAUUGAAUGUUGAAAGUAAUAAUAUCAGAUGUAGUUUUUAGUGAAUUUUUUUGUAUUUGUAGUGUGGAUUUUUAUAUAUUUAUUUGUGCAUAUUUUUUUCACCCCCCCUCUAAUUUCUACAUUUUUUUUUACAAAAAAAUUUAGAAAUCCUUUGUUAUUCUUCAAUUAUUUGAGCCACAUCAAAUAAUAGAAUUGCCAAUUAUUAAUUAAGACAAAUUUUUUUGAUGUCAAUGAUGGAAAAUUAUGUUUUGAGAUGUUUAUGUGGCUUUGUGAUAAAAAGCAUACAUGUUGUACAGAGAUGCUACUAGUGCCACAUAUUGUGAACUCCUGUUUGUAUAAAGCCUUGCAUUUUUAUUUUGUAAGACUAUUCUAAUUUAAGGAACAUAUUUUGUUAAGUGACUUCUGUGUGAGAUUCUGAUACUUUGUUAUGAAUUAUGCCAGUCAGAGAAAUGUCUUGACUUUACUGGUUUCCUUUUCAUUUCUUUUACUAUCAUGCUGAAGUUUUUGAAAACUUGUUUACUGGAUCUUUCAGCCUUUUGUUUCACUGCAAAUAUGGUAUUAAUCACUCAAGUCUUAUCCAUGUAUAAUCUAUUUUUCCUAUUUUUCUUCUAGUCUGAAAAUACUUAGUAGUAGUGCAGCUUAAAUGGAUAAGAGUUUUGUGCUUGCUUUCUUUUUUGCAUUGCUUACAGUGGAAAAAAAAUAGUAUUUUUCUAUUAAAUAAUUUGUGAUUGAUGUGAGAUGAAAAUUAUUAGAUAUUUCUUCAAAAUGUUAUGUUUUAGUUAAAGCUAAUCAUAAAUACAUUGUUUCUUUGCAUUGUAAGAAAUAUUUGAAUGGGUUUGCUUACAUAGGUUUUAAAAUAGUUUUUUACAAAGCUACAAACUAGCUGAAUUUACAGUUACACCAGUCACAAGAAAGUAGAUACUUAUUUUGGAAAAAUAUUUGCAGUGUGACUUGCCAUUAACUCAAGUGAUGAAGUAGCGAUGGUUGUAUGAGGGUAGAAAGUAUCAGAAUACAGGAAAUUAUUGUAUAUAACGUAAAUGAUUUAUUUCUUCCAAAGAAAUGUAUAAAACUGCUCUUUUUAAGGGGGAUGUAUAAAAUAUUACAUAUUAAACAUUUAUGAAGCUGAUUGUAGAUGGUAUUUAUAACUGAUGGUAGUAUCAGAAAGACAGCAGUAUUAAUUUCAAUAGAAGAAAUACAUUGAUUUUUGGGCAGUUCACUAAGGGGUGUACAUUAUUUUAUAUUAAUAAUAUGUCAAUCAUCUUUGUGACAAUGCUAUUGUCUCUGUUUUUAGAUACUUGGUAUUUUUCUACCUCCAUACUAAUUUGUGUUCAUUUAUUUUUUACUUAUUUUUUCCUUCUGAGGAUGUUCAUUGAAGUAAUGCAUGUUCACUUGUGUAUGUAGUCAUUAAUUUUUCUGAAUGACAGACAUUUAUUUUGCUUAUAGUUUUUACAGUAUAUAUGUUUUUAAUAGUUAAAAAAGAUUGUUUUAGACUGACUUGUUUAAGUAGAAUAUGCUUGUUUAAGAGUGUAAUUUUCUCUUAAGUAUCAUUUCCCAUGCGAGAGUCUGGAUUGUUGUGUAAUGUAUUGUGUAAAUAUGUUUAAUAUGUACAUAAUGUCUGAUAACAUGUUCAUCAGUAGUGAUAGGUGCUGAUAUAUGUAUUUUUACUAGUAUCAGAUCCUCAGAAUUUAAUUGCCUUUAUUGAUUUCUUUUCAAAACUGAUAAAGUACUAAGUCAUGCUAUUUCUUGCAAAUCCAUUUAUAUUUUGUGAAUAUCUUCCUCUCUUCAAUUUUAACACACUUUUGUAAAAUUAAAUAUCUCUUUUGGUAUCAUUUUGUUAAGUGGCAAAUUAGUUUUAUGUUCUUCAAAAAGACAUUUAAAUGACUCCUCUGUAUAACUUUUCUGCAAAGCCUCUGAAAAUUUUUACAUUAUUUGAGGAAAAAAUUAUCCUCUACAGUAUAAAAGCUAUGUAAUGAUGGCAAGAACAUUUUCAAGAGUUUAUAAUAAAUUGUAUAAUAUUCUGAUCAAAAUACAUUUAUCAAAUUUAAAACUUGUUCCUUCAUCAUCAAGGAGUAUUUCUGUUAAAACAAAAUUAUUGUUGUUGUUG